UGACAUUUGUUCACAAAAUCCUAACAUAUGUGUGGAUGGAGCGGGGUGUCGAAACAAAGGUGGAUCAUACGAAUGUUUAUGUACUAUCGAUUUAAAGCCGGCUGACCCAAAACGUGGAUGUUCUAGAGGAAAAGUAAACGAAGAUUUAUCGCCUACACAACGCAAUGUCUUUGAUUCUAAACAAUUAUUUAAUAUGAUUAAAGGACAGUCCAAUGAAAAUAAUGAAAAUCAAAGAUACAAUGCGACCAAUUUUCCUCAUGGAAGUACACUCGCUACUCAUUAUUUACCGACCAUUUUAUUUGUACUAUUUUCGAUUUUAAUUAUUGUGUCAGCUCUUUUAAGCGUAUAUUUUUGGCGCCAAAGAAGACAAUGGUUUCUUUUAAAUUCGUGCUUUAAGAAAGGUAGAAGAGCGGAUGAUUAUGCAGGGUCAUUAGCCAAAUGUAGGCAACAGUACUUAACAAAUCCAAAUUAUUAUUCGAGUUCGCCAGAUGGUUCCUCUUAUCAAAAUCUUAGGGAUAUGGAGAUACCCCGAGAAUCUUUAACAUUUUUGGAAGUAAUUGGAGAAGGAUGUUUUGGAAAGGUACAUAAAGAAACCGAUAAAAUCCCAUGGAUGGUUUUUGAAUAUAUGAUGUAUGGAGAUCUAGCGGAACUUUUACGAAGUAAUAAUCCGAUUUUGCCAAGACCAACUGAACAUAUACCUUACCAUUUACAGCAGUCUGAUUUGUUGAAAAUAGCGAUCCAGAUAGCCAAUGGAAUGAUGUAUUUAUCAUCGCAACACUUCGUCCACAGAGAUUUAGCUACCAGAAAUUGCCUUGUUGGAGAAAAUCUUAGCGUAAAAAUAUCAGAUUUUGGAAUGACCAGAGAUAUAUAUACAUCUGAUUAUUAUAAGAUUGGAGGAUCGAGAAUGUUGCCAAUAAGAUGGAUGGCACCCGAAAGUAUCACCUAUGGAAAAUUUUCAUUAGAAUCUGAUGUAUGGUCAUAUGGAGUUGUUCUUUGGGAAAUUUAUACUUUUGGUAAACAACCAUAUUGUGGACAUUCUAAUGAAGAGGUGGUGAGGCAAAUACUGCAAGGUACCUUACUGAGGCCUCCCGAAGGAUGCAGUCCCUUUAUAUGUGAAGUUAUGGCCGGUUGUUGGAGGAGUGAAACGAAAAGAUUAACUUUCCCAGAAAUUUAUAAUAUAUUGGUAUCAAAAGAUCCAGAUAGAGAGACUCAAGCAUCAAACGAUAUCGAUGAGAGAGAAAGUGAUAAAUUAUUGAGUGAAGAUAAUUAUUUGGUUCCAAAACUCCCCUCGUUGACAGUUAUAUAGAUUUUAGUAUCUUCAAAACAGAUUCUGCUGGUCAUUCAGACCAAAUGGUGCAUUACUAUUUUUGUCCAGUACUUUAUUGGGGAUGCUUCUGGUAUACGAAUGCCACUUUCAUAAUAAGAAUUCUAUGAAUUACGCAAAAUUUUACGUUUUAAUUAAAACUUUAGUUUAAUUUUUUAUGAAUUUCACUAAUUUUUAAUUGUUUUUUUUUAUUAUUAAAUUUUCUUUAUAAUAUCGAAACUAAACUCGUAUUUAUAUUUUA